CCAUUGCUGAAGAUGUCUUGCGAGAGAUGUUAGCAAAUAAACCUAGUCAGGAUUUACUCGAGGAAUUGGAGUCACCAGCCGUGGUCACAAACGGAAAAGGAGAAAAUUCUUCUUCAAAAUUUAAAGGCGAUUCAUUAAACCAUGAGAAAAAUGGUGAGUCCUCUGAACCGAGCAAAAGUAUUAACAAAAAGAACAAUUUGUUAAUCUUGUCUGGCAUGAUAGAUUCCCCUUUUCCAUCCAAAUUCACAUUUCCUAAUAUUGCGGAUAAAAAUUUCUUUCUACCGAAUUUUUCAAACCCACCUGCUACCUCAUCGCCACCUUCAUUUUCCUUUGGAAAUCCUUCUGAGUUAUCAUUACAAAAUCCUUUUCAAAAUCCUUCCAUUUCUUCCAAUGCACCCUCAAACAUAUCACAUCAAAAAGAGCAACGGCGCGUAACACUCCAAUGGCAUCCACCAGUUCUACCGGUUCUUGACAAGUUUUCACCUCAACUUUCGUCAAAAACACCUUCCAUAUCAAUGCAAUCUAGUUCUAUAUGGCCUCCGUCGAUAAAUACCACAUCUCCAACUGAUACGCACUUCUCAAAUCCUAACUUAUUGUUUCCACAAUUUACUGGAUCUUUUAAAUUUGACAUGAAUUCCAAAAAUGCAAUUUCCGAACCUCAAUCAUCUAGUAUGCCUCCACCAUUAGUCCAUCCUUCAACGCCACCACUGAGCCCAUCUACAAAAAAACCAACCAUAUCACCUGCGUCAUCAUCGAGGAAAGGAUUACAUUCCAAUGAACGUAAUGGUAGAACCACAACAUUGUAUGUGUCAGCCAAGCAACAGACAAAGAGCGUUGAUAGUAAUAAUAACAUAAAUGGAAAUAUUCAAACAUCUUUGUUGGUUUCAUCGGCACCUAAAAAAUUGCCCAUGAAAUUUGGAGAAAUUAAUAACACCCUAGUAUCAACAACUUCGUCGACGGCCAAAGGAAUAACGAGCAACCUUAAUAAUACUGCAAAUCCACCCACAAUACAGACUUCACCCCCAAGAGGAUUUGCACACAAUGCGACGAAUACAUUUCCUUUUUUCAGGCCUAUUCGAAAAUUACCAUCGCGGGCUAAAUCUCGUCUAUCACCUAAUGGAAUUCUCGCUGACGAUAAUAGCAAUAGUAAUAUUAUUAUUGGCAAAAAUGAUACAAUUGGUAACGUUGUGUUUAAUGGGAGGAAUGAGAUUAUUGUUACAGCACCAACACAACCUUUACCUGUUAUACCACCAUCUCCUUUAUUUUCAUUCGCGACUCCAACGAAUUCCGAAGAAGAAGAUUUUGAUGCUGAGGAAGAAGAUGGCAGUAAUGAUAACGGGCAUACUGAUUGGUUGGACAAUGCUAAUAACAAAAAGAAAAGAAAGGCUUUACAAACCGUAGGAGGAGGUUCAACGACGAGUAAUAGUGUUGGCGGAGUUAUGAAGACUUCAACAGCCAAAGAACGAGCAAAUCCACUUAGAAGAGUGGAAAGACGCUCAACUCAACGUAAUAUAAAUAUUAUGAAUAAGACUUCAUUAGGUAGUGAUCUGGUGUCUCCAUUUGAUUAUAAAGUUUCUGAUAAGAAUAUUGAUAGUGUACGCCCUCCACAAACAACAUUCGAUUUUUCAUUUAAAUCAAUUCCCGAAAAGUCUGCAGCAUUAGCUGCAGCAAGCGUUAAUGCUUCUAGUGCAAAACGACUGGCCGCUGUUUCACCGAUUCAAACAAUGAAUACUAAGAAUGAUCCUCUCGCAUCAUCAUUAUUUCUUCAACAAUCGCCCACAGUGACAACUAUUUCUGUAUCUGGUGGCUCAAAGAAGAAAGCAUCAACAAAACGUGCGGCACCAUCAUCUGCUGCAUUCAAAAAUGACGAAGGCGUAAAUAAUAACAAUCAUGUCCGCCCUCAGACGGCAAUAAGAUCCAAAGCAUUGUUACCGCCGCUGCCACCACCUCCACCAGCAACUCCAAAAAGAAUACCAAAUGCUGGUCGCAAAAAGAAUAAGAAAAAAGCUCAAUUGACUGUUAAUAAUAUGGACAUUCAAUCUGUUAAUAAUAACGCUCCAAGACGUAAAAUCAGAUUUCCUGAAAAAAAUGGUGAUUGGAUUUGUAUGUUUUGUGAAUAUCGGCUAUAUUAUGGUGAUGAGAGGCGUACACGGAGGCGGCCAAAAUUAAAUACUGUAAAUGCUAACGGUGGCGAUGGGGUCAAUAAUGCAGGUGAAGGAGGAACUGGGCCCGACAAGGCCCUUACGACCUAA